CAUCUCAUUCAUUCAUUCGACACCACCACCACACAUAGCCAACCGCAUCAACGACAACACCCACCGCAUCCAUCAACUGGCAAAAGAGUCCUUCAACAGCCCAAAGCCAUCAUCACCCACCAUCAUUGCACCAAUCUACGACCAACCAAAAAUGUCAUCCCCAGCAGAAUCCCGCAUCCAAUCCCAAAAACUCCGCUACUGCCGCUACAUCGACACCCAACAAUUCCCCCUCCUAACCUCCCUCAUCCUCCCUUCUUGUACCUUCAAUUUCAUCGACUAUUUCUCCUCCUCGCCCAUCGUCGAACCGUCCGCCGCAGGGCCCGUCACCUUGGCUUUCGACUCCCUGGCGUCUUGGACCGCAUACUUCUCCGACAAAUUCAAAGCCCUACAGACGAUGCAUCUGGUUUCGGGGGCGGGAGAGUUCACCAGCAUCAGUGAGGAUGAAUACGAGGUUAUCUUUGCAGUCAUUUAUCAUGCGGCGCCAAAGGAGGGUGAGACAGGGUGGCAAGGGGCCGGGGGUGGACAUUAUCAUGAGCGGUGGGUUAAGGGGAAGGAUGGAGAGGGGAAAGAGGAUUGGUUUUUGAAGAGUGUGAGGUUCGAAAGGUUGUAUUGGAAGUACACUGAGUGAGAGAGGUUGGAAGGUUUGGCGGAUGUUCGAAGUCGGAGGAAUGGCUG